CGACCGCCACGCACAGCCAAGCGGGGGGACCGAGCUGUUGAUCUCUGUUGUGCACGCCUUUUCUCGGACGAGCAGCCAAGCCAGGCCCAUGUCUUACUUUCGUCUCCCGGAACCCAUGUCCUCAUCCACCAUACUCGACAAGAUCAUGCCUACGCCGCGCAGGGCGAACCAGCGGCCCCCAGUCACGGCCGCGCGCAGGCGGAAGCUCAUACUUUCAUAUCUACCGGACUGGAUCCUAACGAUUGUGCUCGCUGCCAUCUUCUUCGCGCUGGACGAGAUAGAAGGAUUCAAGCGCGUCUUUUCCCUCGAAGAUACUUCUCUACGACACCCUUAUGCCGUCCAUGAGCGCAUACCCAACAAAGAACUCAUGGUCAUCGCCAUUCUCGCACCCAUCGUCCUCCUUCCCCUCGUCAACGUCCUCACCAUACGCUCUUGGUGGGAUCUACACGCCAGCUGGCUCGGUGUCGUCCUUGGCCUCUCCCUUACCGGCGCAGUUACCCAGUUCGCCAAGGUUACUGUCGGCCGCCCUCGCCCCGAUGUCAUCGACCGCUGCCAGCCCCGCCCCGGGUCCGCCGACCCCGUCUACGGCCUGAGCAACUACACAAUCUGCACGCAGACGGACCACUACGUGCUGCGUGAUGGGUUCCGGAGUUUCCCGUCGGGGCAUUCGAGCUUAUCCUUCGCCGGGCUCGGCUUCCUCGCGUUCUAUCUCGCUGGCAAGCUGCACCUCUUCGAUAGGCGCGGGCACACUGGCAAAGCCUGGCUCGCCCUCACGCCCUUCGCUGGCGCCACGCUCGUCGCUAUCUCUCGUACCAUGGAUUAUAGACACCACUGGCAGGACGUCCUCACCGGCUCCAUCCUCGGCACCGUGAUGACCUACUUCGCGUACCGCCAGUACUACCCCCCGCUGCACGACCCGCUCGCGCACCGCCCGUACUCGCCGCGGAUCAGGCGGGAGGACGAGCCGUGGGUGGAGGAUGGGGCGGAGGGUCGGGACGGUAAUGGGUACGACCGCACCGCCGCCGAUAGCACGGAGGGUGAAGUGUUGCCGACGACGCAGCGGUACGCGGGCGGGUACCCGCCAGCGGCGCAUGUGUCGGCGCCCCGGCGCGAUUAUGAGGAUCCCUACGGAGUGUCAGGUCCCUCCGGUCAGCAGUAUGCAUCAGGUCAACAUCACGCCUCCUCGAGCAUCCACCGCGGCGACACGAUGAAGCGCCCGGGCCCGGGCCCGCUGGAGGAGGUGUGGAGGCAGGGGGCGGAUGAUGAGGACGAGGAUCGGACGCCGGGGAGGCGGGAUUUGGAGAGUGGUGGGGUGAGGGGUUUUGAGAGCGGUGGCGGGCAUGAGCUGGGGAGGAUCCACUCCAGCGAUGGGGCCCGCCCAAGAGGCGUGUUGGAGGAUGAUGGGGAGGCGAGGGAGGUGCCGGUGGGAGUCAGGGGGUAAGUGGAGGAGGUGGGGUGAGGAUGAAGGGGCAGGUGGAUUGCUGUUUGUGAGCCUACUUCAUGAACGAUGCACCUCAGCUACUUUCAGUUCUGGCCCUUUCACGGACUCGUCGAUAUUCAUUGUAUCGCACACGUUGUGUAAUUAUAUUCUUCACAAGUGCAACGUUCCUUGAAUCUUGCAAUCGGCACUCAGUUGUUGGACGAC